ACGGCAGCUUCUCCAAGCGCUUUCAGCACGAGUUCAACAUGUGUCGGGGUCUAGCCGGACUCCCAGCCAGCUGCUUGGAAAGAGCCAAGGAGUUCAAAACCCGUUUAGGGAUCCUACUUCAUAAACCAGAGUUGGGACACAAGAUUGGGAACCAGAGCCACAGCACAAAACAAAGAUAUGCUUUGGAAGAAGUGCUCGGAUGGAAGGAAUCUUUUGACCAUCUUUUGAAAAGUAAAAGUGGGAUGACGGCGUUCCAAGGCUUCCUUAAAACAGAAUUUAGUGAAGAGAAUCUGGAGUUCUGGCUGGCCUGUGAGGAGUACAAGAAAACCCGCUCAAAAACAAAACUAGCUUCCAGAGCCAACAAGAUCUUUGAGGAGUUUGUUCAGAACGAGGCCCCCAGGGAGGUGAAUCUUGACCACGAAACCAGAGAGGUGACCAGGAAGAACCUCACAGUUGUCACUCUUGCUUGCUUCGAGGAAGCCCAAGCCAAAACCUACACCUUGAUGGAGAAGGACUCCUAUCCCCGGUUUUUAAAAUCAGCUUACUACCGAGACCUGAUAGAACAAGCAACGAGCCACAGAACCGGCAAGCCUGCCCACACCUGA